GUCGCGUUUUACCGCUUGCUGAUCUUGGGUUACGUUACAAGAGGAGAAAUCACCCAGAUGAAGUUUAGUUUGUGUUAAGUAAACCAUUGCAACUUCCAAACAUUUGCCAUUUCUCCGUGUGGAUCAACUACACUUCUUGUUUGGAGCCGUUGGAUUUAUAUACCAAUAUCGUCACAAUGGGAGAUUUAAUCUCUACUCAUCUUGAUGAAGGAAAACGGGAGAUUAUUACAGCGCGGACAAAGGAGGUGAUGGGAGAAUUUUGUCAGUUGUACGAGAAGCAAUACGCAGUGGCCCUCUUUAACCAAGUACGCUUUGAUGUGGAGGGUGGAGGAGGCCCACAGCCACAACUGCUGCACCGGAAAGUUCCUCUGGAGAACAAGUCCAUUUUCUCCGGGGCAUUGUUUCAGUACCUAGAGGAGAAUAAAAAAUGGCGCAAUCGUUUCGUCUUCAUUCCAGACUCCUAUGCCAUCAACUAUUACGAGAACAAACAGGCCCAUGAUAGAGGAUUACAUCCCAAAGGAACCAUUAACUGUGCUGGUUACAAAGUGCUGACCUCAAUGGAGGCGUAUUUGGAGUUGCUGAACACUGCUUUACCUGAUGUUAAGGCUAAAGUUAGUAGUUCUCCGUUCCUGAAAUGUGCGACCCAGUUCCCCCUGAUUCUCUGGCACCCGUACGCUCGCCAUCAUUACUUCUGCGUGACCACAGAAAAAGAGCACCAGAAAUGGAACGCCGUCUUUCAGGACUGCGUGAGACACACAAACAACGGGUUGUCUGAGGAGAACAAGGUUCAGACACCAGCCUUCACAGACGCCGUGAGACUGUACAGGCAGGCGCACGGACAAUACGGGACGUGGGAUAUGAUGUGUGGCACGCCGACGCAAAUCCUGGCCAACCUGGUGAUGGAGAAACUGGUUCCGGAGCUCAGGGAUCUCAUCGCCCCUCGUUUGAAAGGCAAACUGUUCGAGAAACAGAAGAGCUGGAUACUGAUCUGUGAUGCGGUGUACGGGCUGGUUCAGACUCAGACUCAGGCCGAGUACCAGGCGAUCGUGGAGCGAUGUGAGGCAGGGCGCCCCCCGCUGGAGAACUCUAUACGCACAGACAUGGACCAGAUCAUCACCUCUAAGGAACAUGUCACGGGCAAAGUUAGAGCCCUGGUCCUGCCCAAGGCGGAGAAGCUCCUGAAAGUGAGCAUCCAACCCUACAUCGGCUCCAUCCUGGAAGCCCUGAUGGUGCCCACCAGCCGUGGCUUCUCCGAGGUCCGAGAGGUCUUCUUCAGAGAGCUGGUGGACAUGAGCAAGAACCUACUGAACCAGGGCGGCAAGGAAAAACUGGGCGAGCACAUGGAGAAGAUCUCCAUGCUGGCGUUCCACCCAGUGAAGAUGCAGAGUUGCUAUGAGAAGGUGGAGGCGUUGAGUUUGGAGGGCCUGCAGCAGCGCUUCGACGUGUCCAGCCCAUCCGUGUUCGUCCAGAGAGCUCAGAUCCUGAUGAGAGAGCAAAUGGAUGAUGCGGUUUACACGUUCGAGCAGCUCCUUCAUCAGAGUCUGGCGAGUCAGGAGGGAGAAGACAUGUGUAAAACCAUCCAGCGCUGCCAGGAUCGCGUCAUCAAGAAAUUCGACUACGACAGCAGCACAGUCCGAAAGAGGUUUUUCAGAGAGGCUCUGCUACAGAUCUUCAUCCCCUACAUGUUAAAACAGCUCUCUCCAUCCUGCUCCACUGAGCUUCCUCGCUUUCAGGAGUUAAUCUUUGAGGAUUUCUCUCGCUUUAUCCUGGUGGAGAGCAUAUUUGAGGAGGUGGUGCUCCAGACGGUCAUGAAGGACAUUAUGAUGGCGGUGAAAGAGGCAGCCGUCCAGAGGAGACACAACCUGUACAGAGACAGCAUCGUCCUUACCGACAGCGACCCCAACCUGCACCUGCUGGAGGACAACCCCGCCAUAGACUGGGCGGGGCAGUACGGAGGACAAGAUGAGGAGGGAGACGCGGAGACGGUGGACGGGGCCGACGGAGAAGCCCAGAGGAGGCGUAGGAUGAAGCAGGUGGUGUCCAUGAUCCAAAUCGACGGAACCACCCCGCUCCCCAGCGAAUCCUGUCUGGAGGUGCCGGGGGUAGAGGGCAUCCCUGAGGAGAGCGAGGCCGGCCCCGACGUCCAGGCGUCUUCCGGAAGCGAGGCGCCGAUGCCCAACGGAGCCACUUCCGCCGAGGACGUCCAGAUUCCGGACUCUCCCGAAGCCCAGCCCGCCUUGACCAACGGGAACACGUCGAAGAAGGAAGAGGGCAGUUCUCAAGAGAGUCCUGUCGAAAAGGAGCCAACGCAGGAGAGCUUGGGACAAGACUCGGAGAACAAACUGGCCAUAGCGAGUGCCAUCCAAGAAAUUGAGGACGUAGUUAAAGAAGAGGAAAACCAGCAGAGUUUGGAAGCUACCACACAGAAAGCUGAGGAAAUUUCACCUCCAAAUCAGGAGCAGAAAUCGGAACCAGAAAAGCAAGAGGAAGGAGAUACAAGCGUAAAUGACAAGGAGGAACAUGCAUCAACAGACCAAAAGGAGAUGGAAGCACCUCCUGACAGUGUGGAGGAGUCUUCUCCAACCGAAGAGGAGGAGAUAACUACAGCCCCUUCAAACGAAGCAGAGAAUAGCCAAACAGCAACGGAAGACGAUUCACACUCACCGUCAGAGUUGGAACAGCCCACGACUGACUCCGGUCACCGUGACGACAGUGGCUUCCAGUCCCCCACCAAUGGGGCAGCAGAGGAGGAGAAGCCUCAGUCAAGCCACUCCCCAUCUAAAGCCACAGAGAACCACAAUGACUCCGAAACUGGGGAGGAGCUAGCAGGGAAAGGUGCUACCCCCGAAACCCCGCCCACAAACGAGGAAUGA